GGAAACCAUCUCAGGACAAUCCAAUGGGUCGAGAUAGUCCCACGAUCAGUCAAGGUAUUAGUGGUUCUAGUUCUGAACAUCAGCAGUAUUUUCCUACAACUGGGUCCACUGCAACAACUGUCACAAUAACAGCUACUAUCACCAAAAUAGAUGAUGAGAGUGGUUGGGUUUCUUCGCCGAAAGAUACUGUAUUCCCGGAAACGAUACCGGAAGAAAGUUCCAGCACCGAAGAAGAACACGUGGUCAUUUUUCGGUUACCAUCUCUUCAAGAAUCUGAUGGUUUCAUCAGGGAUCCUUCCAUAUACACGGCUGAAACCAGUAUAAUUCAGUUGGCUAUGCGAAGAAACGGAAGAACAAACAACGUGAAAGCAGACCAUGUGUCUACUCCUACGUCAGAUUCUAAGCCACCCAGCGCCAAGCCUCCUAUGCAAAAAAUUGGCUCCUCGACCGACAAAGAUUCGAUGGACAGCAGCAAGUUGCCAUCCAUCGAGGACAAAAAGGAAGAUGUCGGUAAAACUGCUACUUUAGUCCACGAUAUUUCGGCUGCUACGUUUUUGGACGUGGCCGUUUUGAGAUGCCUCUUCAUCACUCAUUGGCAGGAGGACGGCAUAUACUGGGCGUUGCACUACAUGUACAACAGAUUGAGGGACAUAAGUGACGAAUUGGCUGGCCAACAGCAGCCUAGAAAGAGAAGCAACUCGUUGCCGAUACCAAAAAUUGAAGUGUCUCUCUAUCAGAGCACAGAAUCCAAAAAGUGCGAUGAAAAUCACAAGGAUUUCAUCGAGGUGCCGGAGCCUAAAGAUGUUUCUCUUCAUGCAGAGUCGCCUUUCGUUCAUUCUCCGACGAAGUCCGAGGAAUCCCUUCACAAACGAGCAUCCAGCGAGAAGAUCAAGAAGAAGAAGAGAGGCAUAACAGAUCUGAAGACUUUCGUGGAAACGAAAAUUCUUUCUAAAUCCGAUAAAGCUCUGGAGAAGAUAGGCCAAGAAGGGGAACAAACGCCUCUGGGACAAGUGUCGGAGUGUCACAGGAGUUUGGAUACAGGAGAGAGUCAUUUGUCGAGGCCGCAGUCUACUUUAUCGAAAAUUUUCGAACCGCCAACAAAUUUGGUGAAAGGGAAAAGUAUGCCUAGUCUCAGCUGUAUUUUAGAUGAACUAAAUGCAGUAGGAUAUGUCGACGAAAACCACUGGGAAAAUAAGAGGAGCGCCAAAUUGGGGCACUCUCAACCUAUGGCGAACCCGAUUAUAACGGUCACUGAGCACACUCCCACACCUUCACCUGAUUACUUACGUCGUCAGGGUUCGAUGGACAGUCAACUAGACGCCGCCAGCCUUUGUGGCAGCAAACUGGGCAACUGGCAGGAGAGAACCUCGAGCCUCAUCAGGUCUCUCACAGAUUCGAACAUCACUUACACAGGGGAAGAUGUUCCAGAAGCUCCAGGAGCUGCAUGCUACGUCACCAAGGACGGCG